AUGUCACUAAGAGUACUAUCAAGUUUCGAAAAGAGACUAUUAACUCAAUCAAUCGAAAAUAAGAGAAACGGCACAACAUUUGCCGCUAGUUAUUCAUCCUGUAAUGAAAAUUGGGAUGAUGACAUAACGUUAUCCACAGUUAGAGACUCUAGGUUAACACUUCCAAUUUUAACACACGCCUUACAAAGACUAAUUUCUAAAAAUAUCGAAUUAGCCCUAACAAUUAACGAAAAUAUAGAAUUCGAACUUCUGAAAAAGAUUAAGACUGAUUCAAUAAUAAAAUUGGUCCAAUUUGGAUCAUUUAAAGAUGAAAAAGUGAACUGUCAUGCCGGUGCUCCUCCAUAUUUAUUACGUCAUAUCUAUAAUAAUUCUAAAUUUACUCCUGGUAGUCAACAACCACUAUGGGAAUUAUACAUAGUAGAUGAAUCUCUGGUAAUUUUCCAUGGCCAAGAUGUACUUUUUGAUUCCUUUUCUGGAGCAAACUUCCAUAAAUUGUUAAUGGAAGAAAUCAACCAAGUUAUAUUGAAUCAUAAACCAGAUGUGGAGCUUAACAAACUAGAUUAUAUAUUCAACAGAAAUGAAAUAUAUACAGAUGUUUCAUUACCGAAAUCGAUAUACGAUAACCCAAAAAUACACUUACCAGCAAAGACUACUGAUCUUUUCAAUUUACAAACACAAUCAUUUUUUAAGUCUAUUUUUUUCAAUACAGUAAAGAAACCAUUAGAUGUUCUACCGUUUUUUGGUUCCAAUGACGAAGAGGUACAUUAUAAGAAUCUCGAAGAAUAUAAAUCCAUCGGAGAGCUUAAUGAGUUGGAGUCUGAAACAAAUUUAUGUGGAACAACUGUGUUUGGCACCAUCUCUAAAGAGAGAUUCAAUUAUCUACAUUCUAUCGUAGAACAAGAGAAUAUAUGUUUUAGAAGUUUAAUAUGCGGUAUAACUAUGCUUUGCUUAAAGCCUCUUGUACAAAAUUUUGACAAAUCAAUAACGUUUUCAAUGGAAAUAGAUCUCAGAGACCAAGUUAACAAAUCAGAGGAAGCUACUAAAAAUUUCGGUCUAUACUACAAAGAAAUCAGAGUUGAAUGCCCACUUUCAUUAAUUGAUGAUGAAAAGUUUAUGAAAAGUGAUGAAGAAGAAGCUGAUGCGAAAACUCUGAAUGAAGACGAUUCUGAACAAAUGGAAAAAUUAUUGGAGUUUCAACUGAAGAAUGUAACGAAUCAUGUUAAGACUGUUAUAGAGGAAAAUAUGAAACGAUUUGAAAAAUCGGGUUUUAAUGAUGAUGAUAUUAGACGUAUGAAGUAUUCAAAUACUGAUGAAUUUACAUCCGAAAAAGAACAAGAGAAAGUGAUUAAUAUUUGUGACACUUCAGAUAUCGUUCUUGGCGCAACAAAUAAUAAGCGUGAAGGCUUAUUCAAUCUAAAGAACACUAGUUUCACAAAGAGUUUGAAGAAGAACGAAUACAUGUCUCUAUGUUACAGUUAUUGUAAUGAUAGUGGUCUAAAUUUGUGUAUCCAUUUCUCCGAUUCAUAUAACAUGGAGAACUUUGUUGAAUGCUUCCAAUCAUUUAUCGAAGAAUAA